AGCUUCUGAAGGAAAAGGGCUUGUGCUCCGCUGUUCAAACUUGUCAGUCAGCUCAUGCCAGCACUCUUCACGGCUGCCUCCCCACCGCACCCUCAUUACAUGUGUCUGCUUCAGCUGAUCUGCUCAUCUGUUCAGAGACUCACCGGAUAAAAUGGAAGAAGCUGAACUGCUGAAGGAAAGAUUCCAGGCCAUAACAGACAAGAGAAAGCUUCAAGAAGAAAUCACACAGAAGCGUCUUAAAGUAGAGGAAGAAAAAUUAAAAUACCAGCAUUUGAAGAAAAAGGCCCUUCGAGAGAAAUGGCUCUUGGAUGGCCUGAGUGCUCUCACUCCAAAAGAGCAAGAAAAAAUGCAAAAGCAUAAUAGAGAAGACCAGGAACGGACUAACGACCUGGAACAAAGCAUCCUCAGACUUGAGAAAGAAAUUGAAGCUCUGGAAAGAGAAGAGAUGAAAAUCUCAGUUAAUGAACAGGCAAUUUUAAAGAAGCUUAAAUCAGUUGAGAGAACAGCAGAAGAUAUCUUAAAGUCUGUGAAGGCAACUAAAGCAGAAAUUCAAGAAGAGACAGUGGACUACAUAUAUACCAAUAUACCUGACCUUCCAAAAUCCUUCAGACCUUCUGCACUGAAAAGGGCAGGACUUGCAGGAACUGAGAAUGAGGAGGAAAACAGAAGAGCAUUGUUUGCCAUGGAAAUUAAAGUUGAGAAAGACAUGAAGACUGGGGAAAGCACAGUUUUGUCUACCAUACCUCUUCCAUCUGAUGAGUUUAAAAGUACAGGAGUAAAAGUCUAUGACGAUGGUAGGAAAUCAGUCUAUGCAACAUGGUCCAAUGGCAGUUUAACACACAAUGGCAUAGAUGAGCUUGCACCUGUUGAGGUGGAAGAUCUUUUAAGAAAAGCAACUGAAAAAAAUGCUAAAUCUCCUACAGAGUAUCAUGAGCCUGUGUAUGCAAACCAGUUUUAUAGGCCAACAACUCCCCAGAAAGACAAAUUAGUUCCUGGACCAAAUUUGGAAAACACUGUUAAAAAAGAGACUAAUGAACUUGGCAAUCGUCAAAAUGAAUCUUUCUAUAACAAAGGCAACAGGCAACACAAUGAAGAAAACGGUUUUGAUCUUCCCAAAUUAGCACUUCCAAAGUCUCCCUCUCCAGGGUCUCAGCAAAAAGAGGGAAAGGUACACAUUAGUCCAAAACCCAGGAUAGUACAUAAUGAUGAAAGAGGAGUUCUACAAAAGGAUUUGGAAGCCUAUCAGAAGACAAGAGAGAGUCAUUGUGAGGUAAUGUUUAUGAACUCAGAGAAUACCAGUGAAAAGUCUCCUGUCACUCAGAAUGCUGAUGAAGAUGUUAGGUACAGCAUUGUUCAAGCUGUGCCAUGUUAUGUGGAUGAUACAGAACCUGUUACAAUGAUUUUCAUGGGUUAUCAGCAUGUAGAUGAUGAUGAUGAUGAUGAAGCAGCAGCAGCAGCAAACAAAAACUUGUCCAGAUAUGAUGGAAUUAUCCAUGCGGAACUGGUUGUCAUUGAUGAUGAUGAUGAUGAUGAAGAAGAAGAAGGAGACAGCAAAUCUGAGAGACCGUCAUAUCAUCCUGUAGGCCAUUACAGUCAAGUUUACCAGCCACCCAACAAACAAAUAGCAGAAGUUCCACAGAGGAUCCCAGAGGGCAACCUAGGUGGAAACAUCAAUAAAUCAUCCCACAAAAAUUCUAUAUCACUGCAAGAACAAGAGGAAAGUUUGAGCUCUGCUAUGUACCAUACUCAUCUCAGUGGCCAACUACCCGGAGAUGGUACAGAGGAUCCCUCAUUAACAGCUCUGAGGAUGAGAAUGGCAAAGCUGGGGAAAAAGGUCAUUUAACAGUUGGAAUGACAUGGAGCUAAAAUUUUUAGGCUUUGUUAAUCAAAAGAGAAUAAAGUCAAGACUUCCUUUUCGGCUGUUUUUUCUGGACCUUAAUGUUUUGCUUAUUCUAAAAUGUAAAUGUGAAUUACAUAUUACACAUAUGCAGCCCUGUCCCUCUGCAGAGAUCCAGUGACUUCACUAGGAUUCUCCCCAGACAUAGGGGGGCAUCUGCAUAGAUAAACAGCGCAACCCAAACCCUGGAGUCCUUACACCUAAAUAAAACUACUACUGAUGUCAAUAGGAAAUUUGCCCACAUAAGAAACUGUCAACUUUGGCCCUAAAACGAGCGUGCGCGCAUGUACACACACACUAAAGAAUAACAGUUGCCAUGGAGUACAGCACGGAUAAGCAAUUAAACACCCCCUGAGGAAAUUCCAGUAUUCAAUUUUCAAGGACAUGUGCACACACUUGAAAGUGAACCAACCUAAUUGAAGAUGCUAUUGCAAUGUAUUUCUAGUGAAAGUUUAUUAAGUUAAUGUUAAAAAAGCAGCUAUUUAAAGUAGAAAUAUGAUGGAAUGUAAAUAUGCAGAGAGAUUCCCAUAGCAUAAAUGGAUGUAGCACCACUGGACACCGAUGGAUUGGUAGCAACUGACAACAGCUGAGGACUUGGCUCAAAAAAUGUUUUCAUCAAUAAUUACAAUUCAGACUGUAGCUUCCUAUCAGGAGGCUCUCUCAAGCCAGCUGCAACCCAGCAGGGAUGUAAAAGCAAAUCCAAAUUCUCUCUCAUGAGGUGGUAACUGUGUCAUUGUGCCGGCUGUGGGUGGGUAUUCCAUAGCUGUACUCCUACACAGCCAGUGAGCAGGCAAUAGCUAGUGCAGAAUCUGGUGCUAGACUUAGGUGCAACUCACACAAAAGCACCCUGUUGUGCUUGGCAAGCACGAGUCUGGUUAUUUAGCUCCCCUGCUGCCCCCCCAUCCAGUGAGCUGUCAUCAUACCUGACACAGACACCUUCUGAGAUACACACACCCGCAUUUAACAUGUAGGGCUGCAAAAUCUCAAAUGUUAGAACUUGGCCAAAUGCAGGAAAAUGGACAAAUAAAACUGUAUAAGGUUUAAACUGUUGGGUGGCAGUUCUUUUCCACUUGGAAGGAGAGAAAACAAUGCACCUUUAGUAAUCUUCCGUUCUCGUAUUACUUUGCUUUUCCCUUUUGUCUGUUUUCUCCCUCUAAUCUGACCACCCUGUUCUUCUAGUACCACAUUUGCUCUCUCUCAGGCAUUUCCAUCCUAAGAAGAUGGAGUCCCUUCCUUUCUCUGUAUAUUAAGUACUGUAGUUAAGUAUUUUCCCCACAAUGUAAGGAAAGUGCUCCAGUAUUAAUGCCCAAUUUAAAUAUAUUUCUGACUUGAUCCAAAAGUCGGUCAACAUAAACAUUGUACCAUGCAUUUCUGAUGAAUUCAAGCAAUGCCCUAAUCUCAGGCUGCCUGUGCUGCCACAGCUGGGGGACAUAUGCUUCCCCUACACCCUCAAUACCUGUGGCCAGACUAUCAUUAGCAAAACAAUCACCAGCAUUAAUUUUUCAGCGGUAGCACAGUUUUUACAGUGACUUCUCAGUGCAUCACUAAACUGAAGGGCACUGGGGGGAGGGAAGCAUUAAAAGACUCGGAUUUUCCUUGCUACACCACCACUAAAUAAAGACUUUUGGAACGUAACCCUAGUGAAGUUGUACAAGUGAAAACAAACUCUGUAAACCAGUCGCAUGACCCCUUUGUAAAGGCCAGUUUCACUAUGAAUAUCUGUGAAAUACAUUCAAUUUAUUCACCCAAUUAUCUAAUAUUUUGAUAUUAUAAGCAGCUUCUUCAGGCCAAUUUCUUUUUAUUGACUGUCUUUUGUACAUAAUCUCCCACACCUUGGCCCCCCACAUUUACAGUUCUAAAAAUUGGAGAGGGAGAAACAAAACCCCAACCACCUGACUUCAUGUUAUUUGAACAAGAGCGCCACAUAGUGUCACAAAAGCUGAAGUGAGCAGGAAAGAGGACAAAACAAACUUUGUCUACUUAUGUAUCCCUGAUAGCUUCAAAUCCAAAGAGGAAGAGGAAAUAUGGAGUAAUUUUAAAUACAUUUUCUCCAGCUGGUACUUUUUUGCAAGAAAAAAAAGGUAGCAACAAUGCAGGAAGUCACAGUGACUGGGAGGAAGAAAUCUUUUCCUUAAAGUGCACUGUACAAGCUACCACUGCAUAUAAUUUUAAAUUAAAGUUCUGUUAAACAGUUUUCAUUGUCAAGAGAAUUGACAGUCUCCAGCACCUUUAUAGCAUCACUUGUGGGUAAUUUCACCACUUCAUUUUUCCUCUAAAGUAGAUCAGGGUGAAAUACUGCUUCAGCAAAAGGAGUUUUGCAUUAAGGAGCAAACUCUGGUCCUAUUGACUUCAUUGGGAACAAGAUUUGGCCCACGAGUGAGUUUACACUGCACCUCGGAAUCCUUGGUUUCCUCUUUGGGAAUACUGGAGGGUGACAGAACUUCAGCAUAACAGAUUACAGAAGAAAUGACUUCUAACCAAAGCCCUGAUCCUUAAACCUUAACUCAUGGGAACAGUUCUGUUAACAUCAAUCACACAAUGUAAGUGGAACCAGAAUAUGGCUUUAAAGGAGAAAUGCAUUACCAGAAUGAAACUAUUCUAGUGAUUAAUUACAUCUUGUGUCAUAAUGAGUUGGAAGGAAGGGGUUCUGCUCACUUCAUUACAGUAGUCCCACUGAAAUCAAUUGGAUUUCGCACAGGAGUAAGGAAGCAGGAUUUGAUGCUGGUAGUAAAGUAAUAUAGUAUAUUAAACAUGAAAUGAUGGCAUUGAGGAAGUAAAAAAAUCAGUAUGCCUAAUUCUAUGCUCCCUUACACAGGCAAAAUUCCCCUGGACUUCAGCUGGGAGUUUUGAUUGUGUCAUGAUCAAAAUCAGUCCCAUAGAAUUAGUUAUUUUGAUCGAAUGUAUUUUAAUAGCAAGAUAUAGCCUUAAAGAUACAGCCCAACAAUAAUUCACCUGCCUUUAUUUAAAGCUAUAUUACCAAAUGACUGGAAAGGAAUACUAGUAGCUCUCAAUGGCUCUGGAAAUAAACCUGCUGCCAUGGGAUGGUCCAUCAGUCUUUAAACAGAGUUAUAAAAAAGAGGAAAGGGGGGCAAGCUCCAGAAAACAUACCUGAGUAGUGUUUUGUACUCCUAUUUGUGCUGAGCCUGGUCCAACACCCAUUGUCAUUAAUUCAAAAACUACUAUCUUCACUGGGUGUUGGUCAGGCCCAUUGUGCAGAGACUUUAAACAAGGAGCACCAAGCGAUAACUGUUAGCAGAAGGAUCCAGUUACUUUUUCUCUCUUCUGAGACUAGCAAGUUAGUCUCACUAUCAUCAUCAUCUGGGAAGGUGACAUGAGCAGCAAUCCCUGGAAGCCCUUUUGGGAAAAGCCAGUAGUGCAAGAGAUUAAUAAAAAAAGAAACAGAUCUUUAAGGUUUAAAAGUUGAAUAGGUUUUCUUUUGUAGAAAAGAAAUCUUACACAAUAUUUUGAAGUGUCUUUAUCCCACUAAAAAGACAAGAGAAACUUUAAUUUCAAAAGUACUUAUAUUAAUGUUCUUUAAAACAAAGAAAAAAAAACAAUCAAGACUGUGUUCACAUUUCCAUGACAGAACGGACAAUGUUUGAGGUAUCGGAGUACGCGGCACAUACAGCUAUCAGUGUAAAAGUCAUGCAAAAGAACUCAACCCUGAUAAUUAAACAAGAAUAAAAACCCAGAGGCCAGUGAAAUGUCUGGUUUGUCAGUUUUUUUUUCCUCUCCUGUAAAGAAAUACAUUUGUAUGCAGAGUCCCUAGUGACUUUAGAUCUGAUCUGCUCAUAUGACAGUAGGGUACCAGUGGUCCCCAGGCUCCUGAGAUUGGGAAUCGAUCGCAAUAGAAUAUGGGGAUUUCCAAACUCAUAUCUCAGUAUAGUUCCUGCCAUUUCUUUCCUUCUGUAUCCACACCUAGAGUUUUUGGUAAGUACUUCCUCUUUUUGCUUGUUUUUGUUUGUUUGUUUUUUGGUUGCCCCACUCCCUCCUUUCUGCUGGUGGUGGUUCUUUCCCAUUCCUACACGCACAUGAAGGCUAUCAUUGCUGCCCAUGAGGUUACCGAUCAACAGUUGGGGCUGAAACACAUGUUAAGAUGGUUCAAGAUUUUUUUCUUCUUGGCUCCUCCAGAACUAAACAGCCUGAGCCCAUAGCCCUCCACUGAGCUGCUCAUUUAACCAACUACAUUAGUAGGUACCCGAUGGAAGGUGUACAGAUGGGUUAUACAGGAGACAAAAAUCGGUAGCCACCACUUAAUCCCUAUCUAUGACAAAUGCCACAGCUACAUCAUGCUUGCUAAGAGAGAGUGGAGGGUGGAUAGGUCCGGUUUCAUAUAUCUUUCUUCAUCCCAGAUCUCACCCCAUCACAGCUAGUCAGGUAUUCCCUGGUUAGCAAAAUAUUCUGUUAUAACAUACCUAGAUCUUUAUGCUUUGAAACAUCAGGAGCUAGAAUAAAGCAUGAACGGAAGCUGUUCAGGGUUCAUAGGGGGGUACUAUUGCAGUUAUACACUAGUAAAACACUGCUUAUCGAACACUUUGACUAUAAAGUUGGCAGAGCUACUGCCACCCCUAGACAAACCCACAAAACAAAAACCAAAACAAACAAUUUAAAACAAGAAGUGGGGAGAGUUGCUUUUAUCUAGCCAAUAUUGCUUACAGGAAUCCCUUACUGCUCAAAGUAGGGAGAGGCACAACCCCCCCUCCCCCCACACAGUCUCUAAUAUUCCUGUGCACAUGAAGCAAAAAGGUCAUUCUCCUGUUGGAUGGACAUGCUAAUUCAAAAAGAGCUGUGGGAAAGCAGCUUCUAUCAGGUUAACCAGGAGGUCAAGGAAACUCCACAUUUCUAACAGUACCAUGUUUAACCACAAAGGGAUGGAAGAGAUAUUUUGACUUAAGUGGCCAGAAGACACUAUGACUAUGUAGACACAUUGCAGCAUAGUUUCACUAAAAGUUUCUCAUAAAGAGUUUGCAGUGAGUCUUCUCUUUAUAUUCUAAAGAUUUUUUUUAAAUCUUGUGACUGAUGCAAGUAAUGACAAAGUUACAGGACUGAAGCUCAGCCCAGUUUGUGUGGUAUAUGGAACUGCUCUUAGAGCAGAAAAUGUAGGUUUUGCAUUUAAUUGCAGAGAAAUAUGCCAAUGUAAUGUAGUCUUUGACGCAUCAGCUACUGUUUGUGACAAUCAUUCUGAGCACAGAUUUUUGGAGUGCACAAUACAAACGUCACAUACUUUAAAUAAGAGCCAUUUAGGCAGUACAUUAUUCAUUAAGCAACAUGGUAAACUGAACUAUAUGACAAGCAGAUUUAGGACUCGUCUAUUCAGUAUUCCAAAUAAUGCACAUGUAGGUACAGAGAAUGACAACAAAAAGUUCAAAACAGUGAUUUCCACCCAAACCAACCAGUAGUUAUAAUUAUACCGUCUCAGUCUACACAAUUCAAAACAAGAAGUUAAGUUACUGGGUUAAUAAAGUUACUGCAGUCCUUAUUCGGAAAACACUCCCAUAAAAAAA